AAAAUCACCCAUCCGUCGCACUCACGCGCCCCCCGCCGAUGCGUUUGGAUUGAGUUCCCGGCGCUCAUUUCGGGUGGUCAAAAAGCAGCAAUUUCGCUGGAAAUUCUUCAGUCGUGAGUGAAAAAUUCGUGACUUCGAUCGGCUAAAAUCGUAACUAUGGCGGCCGCAGACGUAGCAGUGUUGAAGAACGAUCUUACCCGCACGCUGAAGCAAUCGGGACACGUCGGUUUCGACAGUCUGCCUGAUCAGCUGGUCAGCAAGAGCGUCCAGAAUGGGUUUCUCUUCAACAUCAUGUGCAUCGGCGAGACGGGUCUGGGUAAAUCGACGCUGAUGGACUCGCUGUUCAACACGAAUUUCGAAUCUCAACCCAGUCCGCACACGCUGCCGAGUGUCAAGCUGAAGGCGCAUACCUACGAACUGCAGGAAAGCAUGGUCCGGCUGAAGUUGACAAUUUGCGACACGGUCGGGUACGGUGAUCAGAUCAACAAGGACGAUUCAUUUAAGGCGGUCGUCGACUACAUCGAUCAGCAGUACGAGGCGUAUCUGCAGGAGGAGCUGAAGAUCAAGCGAUCGCUAUCGGCCUACCACGACAGCCGCACGCACGUGUGCCUGUACUUCAUCUGCCCGACCGGCCACGGUCUGAAGUCGCUCGAUCUGGUCUGCAUGAAGAUGCUCGACUCGAAGGUCAACAUCAUCCCGAUCAUCGCGAAGGCGGACACCAUCUCCAAGACGGAGCUAUCAAAGUUUAAGGCCAAGAUCAACGAUGAGCUGCGCGCGAACGGUGUGCACAUCUACCAGUUCCCGACCGACGACGAGUCGGUGGCGGAGAACAACACUUCGAUGAAUUCGCACAUCCCGUUCGCGGUUGUCGGCAGCACGGAUUUAGUGCGCGUUGGCAACAAGGUGGUCCGCGCCCGCCAGUACCCCUGGGGCACGGUGCAGGUGGAGAACGAGGCGCACUGUGACUUUGUGAAGUUGCGGGAAAUGUUGAUCCGCACCAACAUGGAAGAUAUGCGCGAGAAGACACACACGCGUCACUACGAGCUGUACCGGCAGAAGCGCCUCGAGGAGAUGGGCUUCACCGAUGUGGACAGCGACAACAAGCCCGUCUCGUUCCAGCAGACGUUCGAAGCGAAGCGCAGCAACCAUCUGGCCGAGUUGCAGGCCAAGGAAGACGAAGUGCGCCAAAUGUUCGUUGUGCGCGUCAAGGAGAAAGAGGCCGAGUUGAAGGAGAGCGAAAAGGAGCUCCACGCCAAAUUCGAUAAGCUCAAGAAGGACCACGCGGAAGAGAAGCGCAAGCUGGAGGAAUCGCGCAAGAAACUCGAGGAGGAGUUUGUCGAGUUCAAUCGCCGCAAGUCACAGAUGGCAGCUUCUCACCAUACGCUAACGCUGGGCAAAAGCAAAAAGAAAUGAAAUCUGUAAAUGCUGCAAUAGAACCUUCUAGUGGUGAGUGGUUCUGGGAAAACCAAAUGCUUCGGAAUGCUCCGAUAUUUUCGUAUUAUACCUUUACUUUUUAUAACACAUUUGAUUAAUAUAUUUUGGUCGACCAUAUGUCCCCGGACGCGAAGAAAAUCAGACAUUUCGAGAACGCACGCAGACUCACUUUUCUUACUCUGUAAAGUACGGAUUUGGUUCUGACACAGCUUACAUUUUUACAUCAACACCUCUCGCUCCGUUCGGUAGGUGUUUUGUGCUCAUUCUCGAAAGCUAGGUUUUAUUAUUGCCUCUGGCAAGGGAAACAAUCAGCCUCACGAGCAUGUACAGUGCACACAAAAGGUAGCUCGAACAAAUCGAGGAACAAAGUCACAGUAACGCAGCUGUGGCAGCCAAAUUUUCGCACCUUUAUCGAAAGUAGUGAACGAAUAAUUUGCAAUGAAGUAACGCCUACAGUUCUCAUAGCGCGCAAACGAUGAAAAGAGCUAAUCAUAGAUAGAUGAACUAAUCGAGUCGAACAGCAACAAAUCUGCAAUAAUCAUGUCCGGGAAGUAGAGCGAACUUUCUCCCCAACCAGAUCGCAAACCAGUCGCAAGCGGAUCGAUGGGGAAAGUGCGCCAUUUCGAAAACCUUAGGUCUAAACAGCGAAUGAAAUUGAUUUAGUUCGUGCGUCUUACGCAACUCAAUGAAUCGAUCGAUUGCAAUGAAAAA